GCUUGGGAGAGUGAAAUGUAACAGAGUUGGUAGAGUAAGUAGAAUAGAGCAAGUAAAUUGAUAUUAAUACACAAGUCCUGUGGCAGGCUGUGAGUGCAUAAGUCCUGGGUUGGUGUGAAAAUGCUGAUCUGAUGGUUGAGAGGAUAAGACCUAGGCAGAAGAAAAUGUAAAAGUUAAAAUCCUAGAAGAGAUGGGAUUUCAGAAGGGCUUUGAAGAUGAAGGUAGCUGAGGACUGGCAGAUUUAAAGGGAGAAGGAGUUCUGGAGAGGAGGAAGAAUGUCUCUUGGAUGUUUUUCCUUGAAAUGUCAAGCACAAUGAAGUUAGUAUUGACCUUCAUUUUUUCUGGAACAAUAACCAUUUGUGGCGGAAAUACAACAAUUGGUUUGUUACCUAGGUUACUGCUAGUCUCUUUUGAUGGUUUUAGGGCUGACUAUCUGCACAACUAUGAAUUUCCCCACCUCCAGAAGUUUAUUGAAGAGGGUGUCUUAGUAGAACAAGUAAAAAAUGUUUUUAUUACAAAAACCUUUCCAAACCACUACAGUAUAGUUACAGGCCUGUAUGAAGAAAGCCACGGCAUUGUGGCUAAUGCAAUGUAUGAUGCAGCAACAAAGAAGUACUUUUCAGAUCACAAUGACAAAGAGUCUUUUUGGUGGAAUGAAGCAACACCUAUUUGGGUGACCAAUGAACUUCAGGCAAAUAGAACAAGCGCUGCGGCCAUGUGGCCUGGAACUGAUGUAAAAAUUCACAAUACAACUCCUUCAUAUUAUAUGAAUUAUAGUUCUUCAGUAACAUUUGAUGAAAGGUUAAGCAACAUUACCAACUGGCUGACCACCUCUGACCCUCCAGUCACCUUUGCAACCCUUUACUGGGAAGAGCCAGAUGCCAGCGGGCAUAAAUAUGGCCCCGAAGAGACAGAGAAAAUGCGUCCGUUUUUGAAAGAAGUGGAUAACCAUAUCGGCAACCUCGUCCAAAAACUCAAGGCACUAGGACUGUGGCAAAGUCUUAAUGUAAUCAUCACAAGUGAUCAUGGAAUGGCUCAGUGUUCCCAGGAUAGAUUGAUAAACUUGGAUACUUGCAUCAGUCGAGGGAACUACACAUUAGUAGACUCGACUCCAGUUGCUGCGAUACUACCUAAAGGAAAUAAAACUUAUGUUUACAACUUGCUGAAAAACUGCAGCCUAAACAUGAAAGUCUAUCUCAAAGAGGACAUUCCAAAAAGAUUUCAUUAUCAACAUAAUGACCGCAUUCAACCCAUUAUUCUGGUUGCUGAUGAAGGCUGGACAAUUGUACAGAAUGAUUCACUUAAAAAAUUAGGUGACCACGGGUAUGACAAUACUCUCCCCAGCAUGCAUCCCUUUCUGGCUGCUCAUGGUCCUGCCUUUCACAAAGGCUACAGACAGAGGUCAAUCGACACUGUUGACGUUUAUCCGAUGAUGUGCCAUAUCCUGGGAUUAAAGCCACAACCCAAUAAUGGAACUUUUGGGAACACCAAGUGUCUGCUUGCGGAUCAGUGGUGUAUAAAUCUUCCAGAAGCUAUUGGAAUAGUUAUCGGUGUCCUUUUGUUGCUAACUACUCUGACCUGUCUUAUAAUCAUCAUGAAAAACAAGAUGGGAUCACCCCGUCCAUUUUCCCGACUUCAGCUGCAAGAUGACGAUGAUGAUCCAUUAAUUGGAUAGCAGAGCUUAACAUCAGUUGAAGGAUAGGAGUGUCUCGAAGCACACGUUAGUCAUGAAUUCAUGACAUUAGUCAUGAAUAACACUGCACUGAAUUGUGCCCAUCAUAGACAGAACCUCUGCCUGACUUUGUCAAUGAAUCUUUUGUGUGUUCACGAAUAGAGGAUCUCUGGACCACAGUAAGAUUCAUCACCUAACAUCAGAUGAGGUAGAGGAUCCGUUUCUAGAACUGGAGGUCAUUUUUGUAAAUUACUUAAUGCUACAAUACUUUGGCAGUCGAGGCAUAGCAUGUACUAAUGUGAAAAGUAUUAAAACUUUACUAGUACUGGAAAUGAACCCAGUUAAUUGUGGAGCCUAGUGAAUUUGGAAAAAUAUUAACACUUUAGUUUCUUGUGAAAUUUAAUAUAUUUUAGAAUAAAACUUAAUGUUUUGCAAUUCUUGCACAUUUAUGUACGUAUCAGGGAGAAAAGGCUUCUGCACUUUUGCAUUAAUUUGAAAAUGGAGGCACUGAAUUCUUUUCUGAAAUAUACUGAUAAAUAAAUCAGGCAGACAAUAAGAGAGUCUGUAGGGAAAGGAAUGGUUGGACAAGAUGACCUCAGAUUUGAGAUUUGGUAAUUGGCCUAUUUAUUUAAAGUCAGUGCUUGUUCAACCUUCUUGGAGUAAUAGGACUUGAAAUUCAUUGUUAGCUUCUUGGUCUUCUAAAGGUCAGUUCUUUCAAAUACAGGUGGUUCCUUUCUUAUUUCUUACUAGUCUCAGAGACACUCUUUGGAAGAGACAUUUUCUAUCCUUAAAUAUAUUUUCAAGUGACUGUGUCCAAGGCCUAAACUAUGUCACUUUUAGCAAAGAAAGCAAAGUAAGAGCUAAUUAUGUUUGGACUCCCAUCAGAUUCUUUUAGUUUUCUUUUUCCACUUAUUUGCAGAUUUGAAUUACAGCUAUUUUGGAGCAACUUAAAAUGGGGUAUCCUGAUGUCAAAGAAAAAUUAUUUCAAUAUCAGUCCAUUUGAAAAAAUCAGCAUUGAGUAAUACAUUUGAACAUUUGGUACAACUCAAAAUGUAACUUUGUAGAUUACUGUAUUUAUCCCCAAGCCACCUGCCAUGUAUAAACCACCAUAUCUAAUUUUAAAUUAAUAUAGCCUGGUUUUCUCUCAGUGUUUGAGGGCCCAAGGGUCCUAUAUCUACUUCUGAUAUAGUCCAGUAGGGAGAAAGGAGGAAGUCUUCUUUAUUUGAAAGCAAAUUCUUAAGUAUUACUUUGUAAAUGCAAUAUUAAGGGGCAAGACCUAUAUCCAGAAAACUAACAAUAUUGAGAACCCUGUCUUUUUGAGUUACCCUUCAAAUCCAGGUGUAGAGGAUAAUUAAUGAUUGCUAAAAUAGUUGAUAUUUUGGAAUAUCAACUUACUUUGGAAUUGAUUGAUUUAGGAGUAAAAAUAUACAAUUUAAAUACCAAAUGUUUUGAGAAUAUUUUAGAGGUUAGUUUAUGAAGGAAGGAUUAGAUAUUGCAUUUUUACAUAUUUUGUUACAUGCAGAAAACAUUUAAAGUUAAGGUAGCCAGUGUUCAUGCAAUUACAAAUUGUGGUCAAAUUGUCUGAGAGGAAUGUAAAAUUAAUCCUCCUUAAACCAAGUCCCGGGAAGUUCUGGUGGUAAGUUUAGUAGCCCUAUUAAUUUUUAAGGGGAAUAUAGUAUUGCUGCAACUGCUUUCUCAAAGUUCAUUAAAUGCACAUUUCAGAAGAAGACCUUGCCAGGUGGAAAUAAAUGUACAAUCCAGGGCCUAUAAAGAGAGUGGAAGAGAAGUUUGGUAAUAACAGUAUCUCUUCCUCUUCUAGAAAACACAUGUAUUUCUCUGUGCUCUGGCUCUCUGUAAAAUGUUUCUUAAAAAUCUCAUCCCAAAGAUUCCAUACAUGUUUAACUUUUCAUGUAAAUGAAAUUGUGAACAAAUUUAAUUAGGUGAAAUUUAAUCUGAGGUUAUUGUAGCAAGGAUUUUUUUGUGAAUAUAAUGGUUAUUGAAGGCCAAGCAAAAGUAUUUAUGUAAAGGAAUUGCACUUAAUGACUUUUCAAAAUGGUCUAUAUUUUGUUCAACUGUACCCUGAAACCCUCUAGAAACCACUAAAUAGAUUGAUUCUAAAAGAUUAGACAUGAGUAAAAUUAUAUUGUUACAAAUAGGUUUUGUAUUUAAAAUACAAGGUGAUAACAAAACUGAAUUCUUCUGGCUAGUGGAAGGAAAAUACUGGUAUCAAAGUAAACAUUGCCAGUUACAGGAAGUAAGAAUUUGCUUGUUUUUGGCUAAUCACACCUUAUAGCAUCAUUUCUGAUAAUGUACAAAGCAACAGAGUACCACUAGUUAUUAAAAAAUGAUGGUGUUAUUAACAGAAUUUAUGAACACCUUUAAAGCGCUGAAGUCCAUACUGUUACAUAUUGUAUAUGUUGAAUCGAUGUGCUAGACAUCCACUAGACUAUCUGUUUGGUUUCUUAGAUUUUUGGAAUGAUUAAGGCUUGAGGAUUUUUCCCAAGAUUGAGUAACUUCCUGCAGUAGGAGGGCUCUGUGGAGAGUUAAAUUUUCAAGAAGGUACAGGUGAUAGUAUUUAAUAAAGGGGCAAUCUGUAUUCACUUGUGAGCAAGGUAAAUGGAGCCCAGUGUUUGUUGAAAAUGAGUGCCUUAUUACAUUUAUAUUUUGACUAUUGUUUGUAGUCCUUGUGGAAAGCUUUUGCUUAGAGAAAAAUAAAAGUUAUAUUAUUACCCAAA